UUGGCCCACGGCAAGAUUCAAAUAACCAAACUGCUUUUUUAAAUGGGCUAGAGAUCAUGGUGAUAAUAGGGGGAUUGAGUCCUGAUUUGAAAAAACUAUCAAAGACACAUCUUCUUCUUAUUAUAGUUGGUUCAGUUCUCGGAGGUGUGGCUUUUGUGUUUUUAUUUAUUGCGGUGUUUGUCAUUAGAUAUAAAUUCAGAAUAGCCAAACCUGUUGAGAAUUCGGAUUGGCAGACCAUUGCCUCUCCGGUUUGCAAUCUGAAUCUCGGGUUAAAGUUAUCUCUUUCUGAAAUUCAGUAUGCAACUAAAAAUUUCAACUCCAAGUUGAUGAUAGGUGAGGGCGGGUUUGGAAAAGUUUACAGAGGAACUCUUCGGAGUGGUGAAAAAGUUGCUGUCAAAAGAAGUCAGCCAGGGCACGGCCAGGGCCUUCCAGAAUUCCAGACAGAGAUCAUGGUCUUGUCAAAGAUUCGCCACCGCCAUCUUGUUUCCUUAAUUGGGUACUGUGACGAAGAAUCCGAGAUGAUCCUUGUUUAUGAGUUCAUGGAAAAGGGUACUCUGAGGAGUCAUCUGUACAAUUCAAAUGCAGAUUUGGAUAAAGCAUUUUCAGAGUCAAAAUUAUCAUGGAAUCGAAGACUUGAGAUAUGCAUUGGGGCUGCCAAGAGUCUACAAUAUCUUCACAGAGACCGAGGCAUAAUUCACCGCGAUGUUAAGUCAACAAACAUCUUGCUUGAUGAUGAUUAUGUCGCUAAAGUUGCUGAUUUUGGUUUAUCAAGAUUAGAAGCUCUCGAUCAAACCCAUAUCAGCACAGAAGUGAAGGGCAGUUUUGGGUAUCUUGAUCCGGAGUACUUCAAAUUCUUCCAAUUAACUCAAAAAUCCGAUGUGUACUCAUUUGGCGUGGUUCUACUAGAAGUGCUAUGUGCAAGGCCGGCCAUUAACAACAAGCUUCCAUGGGAGCAAGUGAACUUGGCGGCAUGGGGCUUGUCCUAUCAAAAAAAAGGACAGCUCUGGAAAAUUGUUGAUCCAUUGAUCGCAGGGAAUAUUAGUCCCAAUUCGCUGAGAACGUUUGGGGAAAUUGUGGACAAUUGUUUGAAAGAGCACGGAGUUGAGAGGCCGAACAUGGCUGAUGUUUUGUGGGAUUUGGAAUAUGCACUGAAACUUCAACAGACUGCAACGCACAAAGAACCUCGUGAGGAUAGCACAACGGACGUAUCGUGGGCGUUGUCGGUACCUAUUGCUCAUCGGUUACCUUCUGAUAGCAUGACAAUUGAUGAAGAUGAUGUGACCGUGGAUGAUUUUUGGAAUACAGGUGCGGAUACAGGUACAGAUGCAUGUGUGUCCCAAGUGUUUUCGCAGUUGAGGAUCGACGAUGCUAGAUAGUUAAUUUUGAAGUUUUAAAGUAGAAUUUUGAAAUUAGAUAGAUAAAUGUUAGUAGAUUAAAAAAUACUAAGGAGUGUAUUAGUCUCAUAAUAUGUAAUUUUUACUGUCAGUCAAUUGUUUUUAUCUAUCAAUUUAAAUUA